UCUGCUGUUGCAAUACAAAGCUGCUCGCCGUAUUGUUCGGCGGACGUGGAAAAGCAGAAACAGACAAUCCCGUCUGUGGCGAAAGGGCGGCGGUGGCUUAAAGGAAAGAGAUAAAGGGAGAGAUGGUGUCGACGUGACGGCUUCAUUCCGUGUUCACGGCCGCAAGGCUCGUUUCGGUGUGUAGCAGCCUACUUCCCAACUUUCCUGUCAUUACUGCAGCAGCCAUGGCGACCAGUGCUGUGCCAAGUGACAACCUGCCAACAUACAAGCUGGUGGUUGUGGGGGAUGGUGGCGUUGGAAAGAGUGCCCUUACCAUCCAGUUCUUCCAAAAGAUCUUUGUGCCAGAUUAUGACCCCACAAUAGAAGAUUCGUAUCUUAAGCACACAGAGAUAGAUGGACAGUGGGCAAUACUGGAUGUACUGGACACCGCUGGGCAGGAGGAGUUUAGUGCAAUGAGAGAGCAAUAUAUGAGGACUGGUGACGGCUUCCUCAUUGUCUUUUCUGUGACGGACAAAGCCAGCUUUGAACAUGUUGACAGAUUCCAUCAACUCAUACUUCGUGUUAAAGACAGGGAAGCCUUCCCCAUGGUGUUAGUGGCCAACAAAGUAGAUUUGGUUCAUUUAAGAAAGGUCACCACUGAGCAGGGCCAAGAGAUGGCUGCCAAACAUAACAUAACCUAUAUUGAAACCAGUGCCAAGGAUCCUCCAAUGAAUGUUGACAAAGCCUUUCAUGAAUUGGUCCGUGUUAUAAGACAACAGGUCCCAGAGAGAAACCAGAAGAAGAAAAAAAAGAUGAAAUGGAGAGCAGAACGUUCUACAGGCUCUCACAGGUUCCACUGCAGCAUAUUGUGACCUCCUCUAUCCUGGUGAUCAUUCCAAACAUGCGCGUACCUACACUUGUCCACGUACUUCUGGAUGUCAGGGAAUUCCCCAGCAGUAUUUAACAACUGGAGCACAAACAGGAGGUGGGGAUUUUGUUUUUUCUUCCCCUUUUUUCCAAAAAAAGGCUGGAGAACUGAACCCAAACUGUUACUCUCUGGCGCCAUUACAUCAAGUUUUGCCUUGGAAUGGGCGUCAUCCUUAAUUUAUGGUUCCAUCCAAAUGUUUUUAUAUCCCUACUUAACUGGUUCAACAGAGAACUACAACAUCCCUAAACUUUAAGAAUAAGUUUUAAUCUUGUUUAAUGUGAAAUGAGGCACACGGAUAAAGCGGUCAAAGAUGGAGAACAAAGCAAUCUCGAUGCUGGACCUUCUUGGGGAAAUGGAAGGAACACUGAGGACGUCACUCAAGAUGGUACCUUUGUAAUGGGGUUAUGGAGAUGAGUUUGUUUCAUGGAUUAACUUCACACUGCUGGUGACCACUAUUUUGGCUUGAAGAAAAGCACCUGUGUGAUGUUUAUUCUUUUCUGUUUGUGGAGUGUAUUAUAUCCUAAUGGGCUAAUGGAUUGCUAUGAUGAUGUUUGAGGGGGGGUGGAUACCAGUGAAAGUAGAUGUAUUGUGGUGUUGUCAAUGGGUAACCGCAGGUUUUGUGAGUGUACUGUGUACAUUGUGGUCAUGUGAUGCUCUGUGGUUUUGCAACAUCACAAAGGAAGAGUGUGUUGAUGCUGAUCAUCUUGUAAUCAUGGCAUCACAUCACGUUGGUGAAUCCUGUAAAUGCCAUUCACAAGGUGUAAAGGAGAGUAAUAGUAGGUGCUUUACUGUAUGUUGUUAAAGCCUAAUUUAAAGCAAC